AGAGAGAGAAAGAGAGAGCGAGAGAGAGGGAUAGUGAGUGAAAGUGAGAUAGUGGGGGCAAACGUGAAUUCCCUCACAGUCAGUUUUCAUCCUAGUUUAAGGAGCAGGCAGCAUUCAGAGAGAAAAAGAGGAAAAGACGAAGAAUCAAAGUCGUGCUCAUACCCACAGCCUCUAUCUGACAAAGAAAAUCCUAUUUUUCUGUGGCUGGUAUUGCACACAGAGGUUAUGGCUGAGGUGGAGCUCAUCUCCACACCCCAUAAUAUUCAAAUCAGUGAGGUGACCUGUGAUUCCUUUCGGAUUGCGUGGGAAAUGGGCCCUGAGGACAUGGCCCGACUGACGCAUUACUUCAUCGACUUAAGUCGUAAAGAGGGCGCAGAGCGCAAUCGCUUUAAACACAGAGAUGUCCCCACCAAGCUUGUGGCAAAGGCAGUGCCUCUGCCAAUGGCUGUGAGAGGCCACUGGUUCCUGAGCCCUCGAACGGUGUACUGUGUGGCUGUGCAGACCGCAAUCAGACAGCCUGAUGGAGACUACCAAGUGUCUGAAUGGAGCCAAGUAGUGGAAUUCUGCACUGGGGAUUACGCCAUGGAUCAUCUCCAGCAGCUGUUAGAUAAAGCUCAGGCCGCUGCUGGGAGACUGCUCAGGUUCUCUGUGUUCUAUCGCAAUCAGCAUCAUCAAUACUUUCAUUAUGUGAGGUCAGAGUGUGGGGGUGCAAUGCUCCCAUCUCUUAAAGACAACAGUGGAAGUCACGGCUCCCCCAUCAAUGCCAAGCUGCGUGGCAUCUUCCUCAGCUGCAACACCGAAUUCGACACAGGCCUCCCUCCUAAGGACUCCCCGUACGGCCCCCUGCGCUUCCAAAUUUCCGCUGAACGUCUCCUCAACCCGAGUUCUAACCUUUACUUUGCUGACUUCUACUGCAUGUACACAGCUUACCAUUAUGUAGUCCUGGUGCUGGCCCCUGCUGGAUCGGAGGGGGAUAGCUUUUGCAAGAGCCGCCUCCCAUUACUGGACCUAAUGGCCAAUCCAUUCCUAACAUACACCCCUGGAGAUGAAACAGUGUUUUAUCAUUCCAGUGAUGUUAUACUGGAGGUGUUGUAUACGGAGCCUUUGCUUUUGGAGCAUGGCACCCUGGCACAGAUCAGCGGCCACCAUCAGCUCAUGAGCCUCUCCACUGCAAAUGCCAAAAAAGACCCAAGCUGUAAGGUGUGUAAUAUAAGUGUGGGGCGUUGAACUGCAAACAAAACCUGGUUUUAGUACUGGAAUUGAAACCAGACAACUGGACCAUGUUUAAUAAUGAGAACCUUGCUGGUGGUCGUCUGAAAAUGGAAUAUGCUGAAACACCACUGACAAUCUCAUUCAAAUCAGAACAAAUAUUCACAUUAUAUAAAAGGCAGUAGUGCAGUACCAUUUACUAUUUUAAAAUGUGUAGAAGGCUUUGCACUAAAACAGAUAAAUAAAUAAGUGGGAACAAUGGUAAUUAUGAGUAAAAUUGUUAUUUGUUAGAUUGAAAAAGGUCAUAGUCCUGAAGGUCUGGCUCCACGCAAAAAUUAACAGAAAGCCAAAUAUGUUUCGAACUGACAAAGUCUAUGGUAUCUCAGAUAACAGCUCUGUACAAUUGUGAUGAGAAGAAUAUAAUCUCAGAAUGCUGUUCUCAGAUGCGGGUUGGCGCUGUUUUGGCGGCACGAGGGGGACCUACACAAUAUUAGGCAGGUGGUUUUUAACGUUGUGGCUGAUUGGUGUCCUUAAAACUUUAUAUACAGUUUCUUAUGCUUAAAACACUGCUUUAAAGUCAAGUAUGAUCUUACUUGAACAAUUUCAGAAGCUUGUGUCACCUCUCUGUCAACACUGUUGACUUGGUCACUGGUCUUUUUUUUUUUUUCUAAAAUAGAUAUGCUACAAACAUCAUUAAAUCUAAAUUAAUUAGAAUGGCCUGUAUAUUAGAAUAGAUGUAUACUACGACAUAUGAUUAUUAUUGUAAAAAAAAAAUGACCCUGUUAAAAGAAGUCAUUAAAGGGUAACUAAACCCCUGCUCAGAGUCUGACUCCACCCACUAGCAAUAUUUGAAAAAUGCUUGAAAAGUGGGCAGACCCCAGCGGGGAUAGAGGUGACG